AUGCUCCACCCCUCCUCACCCACGCCCGUAAUGGGCCCAACUAGACAGCUCCUACCCUCCUCCCCCAACGCCCGGCGUCAGCUCAACUCGGCCUCGAGCCGCAUGGACCAUGUUACCAAGGGUGUAGCCGCCUGGCGUCGGCAACCUAAAGCCGGCGAGAGUGGUGGUAGCGGUUCUCUAGGUAUGGGCAUGCAGGGUACCCCGGGAAGACGUGCACGCUCCUCCCGCGCCAGUAACACGACGAGCAUCGGUCCGCAGAGUACACCCAAGACCAAGUCACAGGACCUUCCUUCCUCGUCCUCUGUCGACGACAUUCUCGAUCCCGAUGACACCGUCUCCCCUACCGCACUUCCCAAUGUCGACUUUGGUAGCCUCGACACCAUCCACUCCGCCUCCCACUCACUCUCGUGGUCCAACCGGCGGCAGCGCAUCGAUACACUGGGUAGUUCCAGCAAUGAAACGUCGUCUGAGUCGCGCACAAUCAACCUUAUCGUUCCGCUCAACGAUGUCUCGCCGAAGCACUCAGAGAGCUCGAGAAGUGACUGCACAGUCACCGUGUACUAUGACGCUACCAUCCCACUUCGUGACUCGUCGCUGCAGUCUCCUCCCGCGCUGGCAACCCUGCCGGGCGGAACCACUGCGCGCAAUGUAACACCAAGCAAGAGCUCUGACAAGAGUCCGAGUCUUAACUCAUCCACUCACGUAGACGACUUCUCGAUCCCUCUCAAAGACGGUACCCCUAGCAGUGGUACGGCGCGGCCGCGCUCCAAGGCAUCCAGCAAGAUUGCAAGCCGCCAGGUGACGCCCUACCGCCUCCGUCUCCGCAGCAGCUCCAAAUCACCCACCAAGCCGGACGACCCACUGCGUAGCAGUCCCAGCCGUGUCACCAUCCGUAUCCCAGCCAGAACUGUUGCCCCAAUCACCCCGCCGCCUCGUAUGCGCGCACCCACGCCGCCAAGUUAUCAUUCCUCGAUGGGCGUUGCUCGUUCCGCGAUGAGGCCGCCAAUCUUCAGCCCUCCGGCAUCUCCCUCCCCGAGCAAGAGAGAGCACCCGGUCACCAUCAAGAUGCCAGAGCAGUUUAGUGAAGAGCUCGGCGUUGACGACCUGGAUCCCGACUACGCGCAGUGGCUUGAUUUCAACGACUCGAUGGAUGGCGAUAUCGAUCCAUUUGGCUUUUUUGCGACUUGGUCUCUCGUCAGUGGUUGUCAACCCGAGCCAUUCCGGCCUUCGUCUGAACCCAGCACCCCACGCUUCCUGACUCGAGCUCGUUCUUCCAGCCCUCUUCUGUUCUCGCCGACGCCGAGUGUUGACGUUCAAGUCGCCGAGGAGACGCCGGAACUGAUACCCCUUCCUUCUCUGCGGACCAAGAGGGCGCAGGGACGUGGUUUGCUGAGCAAGAAAGCACGCAAGAGCAAGACCAAGCGAAUUGAAAAGUCUGAAAAUGACAGUAGCGAAGGAGAAGUUGAGGGUGGUCGUCGCGAAUACAUGUCUGUUGAGCCUGCGCUGAGCAAAGAUGCCCUGAACGCCCGCCAGGAGCGUAUCAAGCACUACGAGGACCUCGCGUCCAAUUAUGACCUGCACGUAGAGUAUGUUUGGGGAUGA